UCCAUGUCAAUGCCCCCAUUUCCCACUUUCCUUAGAAUGCACCACGUGGGCUUCUUUCCAAUGACCACCAUCACCCCUGCUCCAAACUCUAUAAAUAACACCCAUCUCUCCCUUCCUCACUCCUCCACCCUCACAACUCACACUUCUCUUUCUCACAAACAUUACUCUCUGUCUUCUUCUUCUUCUUUCUCUCAUAUUUUCUCAAUCAAACUCUCCCCAGAAAAAGAAAAGAAAAAAAAAAAAAUUCAUCAAAGCAACACCAUGUCUUCCUCCACUUUCCUAGCUCCAAACUCCACCAUCUCUCAUAUAACUAAAUCCCAUAAUACUACCAUCAUCAACUGCUCUCAUUCAGUAGUGGAAUUCCCACCUUGCUUCCACAAACAAGCUUCUUCUUCUCCUUUCUCUUCUUUCAAAAGAAAACAAUUACUUCAAUUGGACCAAAACAAAACACAGCAUCAUCAUCAUCUAAAACAAAAAGAAACAUCCACCACUGCAGCAGCACCUCCCAACUGGAACAUAUUCCAGAGAGCAGCCGCUGCAGCUCUGGACAACAUAGAGAAGAGCAUCAUAAGCAAUCUGCUGGAAAAAACACACCCACUGCCCAAAACAUCAGACCCGAAUGUCCAAAUUGCCGGCAACUUCGCCCCUGUAUCAGAACACGCGCCGACACACGACCUUCAAGUCCUCGGCCGUAUUCCUCCAUCCAUUAACGGUGUCUACGUUCGUAACGGCGCUAACCCUUUGUUCACCCCUGUCGCCGGGCACCACUUCUUUGACGGUGACGGUAUGGUUCACGCUGUUAGUAUUUGUAACGGAGAGGUCAGUUACUCGUGCCGAUUUACUGAAACGGAACGGCUCCGUCAGGAGAAGGCAAUCGGACGAGCCGUGUUUCCGAAAGCCAUCGGCGAGCUGCACGGGCACUCUGGCAUAGCUCGGCUUAUGCUCUUCUAUGCACGGGGGUUGUUUGGGUUGGUUGACCACAGCCGUGGGAUAGGCGUGGCUAACGCUGGGUUGAUCUACUUCAAUGAUAAGCUUCUGGCCAUGUCGGAAGAUGACCUGCCGUACCAAAUCAAGAUCACGUCAGACGGCGAUCUCGAGACGAUUGGACGGUAUGAUUUCGGCGGACAGUUGAAAUCGUCGAUGAUCGCGCACCCAAAGCUCGACCCGGUGACACGUGAGCUGUUCGCGUUGAGCUAUGAUGUAAUCCAGAAGCCGUACCUGAAGUACUUCCGGGUGUCGCCGGAGGGGGAGAAGUCGCCGGACGUGGAGAUCCCAUUGGAGCAGCCGACGAUGAUGCAUGACUUUGCAAUCACAGAGAACUUCGUGAUCAUUCCGGAUCAGCAGGUGGUGUUCAAGAUGCAGGAGAUGGUGCGGGGUGGAUCACCGGUGGUGUACGACAAGGAGAAAACAUCAAGGUUCGGUGUGUUGCCCAAGUACGCGACGGGGCCGGAGAUGAUCAAGUGGGUGGAAGUGCCAGAGUGUUUUUGCUUCCAUUUGUGGAAUGCGUGGGAGGAGCCGGAGACAGGAGAGGUGGUGGUGAUUGGUUCGUGCAUGACUCCGGCGGACUCGGUGUUCAAUGAAUGUGAUGAGAGUUUGAAGAGUUAUCUGUCGGAGAUCAGGCUUGAUCCUUUGACAGGGAAGUCGACACGCCGGAAGAUAAUUUCUCCGGAGAACCAGUUGAACUUGGAAGCAGGGAUGGUGAACAAGAACUUGCUGGGAAGGAAGACCAGGUAUGCUUACUUGGCCAUAGCAGAGCCAUGGCCUAAGGUUUCAGGAUUUGCCAAGGUGGAUUUGGCUACUGGUGAAGUUCGGAAGUUCAUGUACGGUGACGAGAGGUACGGCGGGGAGCCGUACUUUGUGCCCAAGGGAACUGGGGCGGGGAAGAGAGAGGAUGAUGGUUAUGUGGUGACAUUCAUGCAUGAUGAGAAGACAUCUGAAUCUCAGCUUUUAUUUGUCAAUGCUAAGGAUAUGAGGCUCGAGGCUGCUGUCAAGCUUCCGUCGCGUGUUCCUUAUGGUUUUCACGGGACUUUCAUUAGUUCAGAAGAUCUGAAGGCACAGGCGUAGUAGAAGAUGACAUACAUGGGUUUAUUAGUUAAGUUAUUUGGGUUUUUUUUUUUUUAUUUUGGGGGGAGAAAUACCAGAGGGAUGCUUGCCAGAGGUCCCCGGAGUCUCUCCUACAGGGUUUUUUCAUUUUGUUCUGUUUUUUAGUUUAUUCUUUGGUUGUUGAUAUACUUGUUAGAGAGUGUUGAGACCAGUUUUGUAGCUUUUGGGGGAUGUAGAUGAGGUAUAGCCGAGCUCAGCUGGUCUGUUAUGUUUAUUCUGCUGAUAAUAAGCCCCCCCCUUUCCCUCUAUCCACCUGUCCAUCCACAGCAUGUGCCGCUAUCUCACUCGUCUCAUGUCUUGUUUAUCGGGAGGGAUACCUUAUCACUCUUGUAAAUAAUAUUCAUGUAUUGUUACA